AUGAGUUUGUCUGGGAAUCCUGCCGAAGUGGCAGAUGAGAAUCUGCUGGCGGCGGCGGUAAUUCUGCGCUUCUAUGAAGAGAUAGAUUCGCCCCUUGUAGGAGUUGACGAUGAAACUUACUUGCGAGGAGUGCAAGUAUUCCUGAACGCCCAGGGCGCAGCUGCAGUGAGAAACGGUGGCCUCCGACUGGCUGCAUUCUGGGUAGGCAUACGUCAGGAAUUUCACACAUCGUUCAUCAAACAGCGUAUCUUCCAAUUUGACCUCAGUUGCUGUGAUCACUCGACUUAUAGGUUACUCGACCAAGCAGAUGACCCCACCUGGGCCAAUCGAGUCAUUUUGCAUUGUGCCCACACGCUAAUAUAUUGUUACGAUGAGAGGGGCCAUACAAUAAACGAGUAUGAACAGCUCUGGGAUUAUAGUCAAGGGUGGAACCGAAUGGCACCACCGACAUUCAACCCGAUUUAUUUUCGACCGCCAGAUAGGUCGAAGGGUGAAAUGUUUCCAGAGCUGUGGUUCUUGGAUGAUUGCAUCGUAACUGCCAUUCAACACUGGCACCUUGCGAGGAUCCUACUUACUGCAUUCGAUCCCAGAGUCCCCCGUCUAGGACCUGGUAGGCGAGCAGCAGUCGGACGAAGAGAGGCUGAAAUCAAAGAAAGCAUGUUUAUACUAUGUGGCAUUGCUCGGUCAAACAAGACAGCUCCUGCCCUUAUCACAGCAUGCAUGGGAGUUUCGAUGUGUGGAGAUCGAGUAACGGAUCGUUUGGAGCAAGAAGCACUACUCAGCAUCUUAACCAUAACGGAAGAGACCCACGCCUUAUCAACUAUCAAGGCACAGGUACAGCUUCGAGGGGCUUGGGGCUGGACUAAUUCCGACGGAUAA